AUGGAUACGCGAAAAGAGAUGGAGGAAUCUUCCACAGAUGAAGAUGCUGCAUCGCAGACAACUGAGGAUGAUCCUCAGGUACCAGAACGACAAGAACCUCAAACGCAACCACCGCCGCCGGCAGCAGUGUCCGCACCUAGCGGCAGAGAACGACCACAUUACGAACUCCGACAUACCAUGCGGGGACACACAUCAUCCAUUUCUGCGGUUAAAUUCAGUCCGGACGGCACACUUCUUGCGUCUUGCGGAAAUGACCGCGUGGUCAAAAUUUGGUCUCCGUUCACGGGGGAACUAAUUAGGAAUCUGAAUGGCCACACGAAGGGGCUGUCUGAUAUUGCAUGGUCCUCUGAUAGUGUCUAUCUGGCCUCCGCCUCGGACGACACUACCAUUCGAAUAUGGGACGUCGAUUCAGGGAUAACAAGUCGGACAUUGCGGGGACAUACGAGCUAUGUAUUCUGUGUGAACUAUAACUCGACGUCCAACCUGCUCGUGUCUGGCGCUUGUGAUGGGGACGUUCGAAUAUGGAACGCCUCGAAAGGCAAAUGUAUGAAGACGAUACACGCUCAUCUGGACUACGUGACUGCCGUUCACUUUAACAGGGAUGCAACAUUAAUUGUGUCCUGUUCGCUCGACGGGCUUAUCCGAAUUUGGAACACCACCUCCGGGCAAUGUCUGAAAACGCUCGCCGAGGGCCACGAUGCCAUUUGCCAACAUGUGCAAUUUUCGCCCAAUUCCAAGUAUAUCCUAUCGACUGCGCAUGACAGCGCUAUCCGCCUCUGGGAUUACCAGACGUCCCGCUGUCUCAAGACAUAUGUCGGACACACAAACCAGAAAUACUGCAUUGCGGCAUGUUUUAGCGUGACCGGAGGUAAAUGGAUAGUUUCUGGGAGCGAGGAUAAUAAAGUUUACCUGUGGGACCUCCAAACGCGCGAGGUUGUGCAGAUGUUAGAGGGGCACACUGACGUCGUUGUUGCGGUCGCAACACAUCCCCAACAAAAUAUGAUCGCGUCAGGGUCAAUGGAUUCCGAUCUGACCGUUCGAAUAUGGGCCGAUAGAGCUGGGUAA